CCUAACGGCGGCGGCGGCGGCGGCGGCGCUGGUGCGAGCGAGUUCGGCGGGUGCAGGUCCCGGCCUGCGCCUGCGGAGGACUCGGGCGGUGGGUCGAAGCGGGUGGCGCUGGCGGCAGGCUGCGCUCCGCGAUGGUGGGCGUCCCUGGAGCAGCCGCCUUCCAGCUUGGUUGUGAGAAAAGGGUGCCAGCAAUGCCUGGAUCGCCUGUGGAAGUGAAGAUACAGUCAAGAUCCUCACCUCCCGUCAUGCCACCCCUCCCACCAAUAAAUCCCGGAGGACCGAGGCCAGUGUCCUUUACUCCUACAGCAUUAAGCAAUGGCAUCAACCAUUCCCCUCCUACCCUGAAUGGUGCCCCAUCACCACCACAGAGAUUCAGCAAUGGUCCUGCCUCUUCCACGUCCUCUGCACUAACAAAUCAACAGUUGCCAGCUACUUGUGGUGCUCGGCAGCUCAGCAAGUUGAAACGCUUUCUCACUACUCUGCAGCAGUUCGGCAAUGACAUCUCACCUGAGAUUGGCGAGAAGGUUCGGACUCUUGUUCUAGCAUUGGUGAACUCAACAGUGACAAUUGAAGAAUUCCAUUGCAAGCUCCAAGAGGCUACAAACUUUCCUCUUCGUCCAUUUGUAAUUCCAUUUCUCAAGGCCAACCUGCCCCUGCUGCAGCGAGAACUGCUGCACUGUGCCAGGGCUGCCAAGCAGACCCCAUCCCAGUACUUGGCUCAGCACGAGCACCUUCUGCUCAACACCAGUAUCGCAUCUCCUGCUGACUCUUCUGAACUGCUUAUGGAGGUUCAUGGAAAUGGGAAGAGGCCCAGUCCAGAAAGGAGGGAAGAGAAUAGUUUUGAAAGAGAUACAGUUCCUCCUGAACCACCUGCCAAGAGAGUGUGCACUAUCAGCCCUGCUCCCCGGCACAGUCCUGCCCUCACUGUGCCCCUCAUGAAUCCUGGGGGCCAGUUCCAUCCUACCCCACCACCUCUUCAGCACUAUACUUUAGAAGACAUUGCAACUUCUCACCUUUAUCGGGAACCCAACAAGAUGCUAGAACACCGAGAAGUUCGUGAGAGGCACCACAAUCUUAGUCUGAAUGGAGGCUAUCAAGAUGAGUUGGUAGACCACCGUUUGACAGAAAGGGAAUGGGCUGAUGAAUGGAAACAUCUUGACCAUGCCCUGAACUGCAUUAUGGAAAUGGUAGAGAAAACCAGGCGUUCCAUGGCGGUUCUGAGACGCUGUCAGGAGUCUGAUCGUGAAGAACUCAACUAUUGGAAAAGGCGAUUUAAUGAAAACACGGAGAUGAGGAAAACUGGGACUGAGCUGGUCUCCAGACAGCACAGCCCCGGCAGCACAGAUUCCCUCAGCAAUGAUUCUCAGCGGGAAUUCACCAGUAGGCCAGGAACAGGAUAUGUACCUGUGGAGUUUUGGAAGAAAACAGAAGAAGCUGUGAAUAAGGUGAAGAUUCAGGCCAUGUCAGAGGUGCAGAAGGCUGUAGCUGAGGCGGAGCAAAAAGCUUUUGAAGUGAUUGCAACGGAGAGGGCUCGAAUGGAGCAAACCAUAGCAGAUGUCAAAAGGCAGGCUGCAGAAGAUGCUUUCCUGGUCAUCAAUGAGCAAGAAGAGUCCACAGAGAACUGCUGGAACUGUGGCCGAAAAGCCAGUGAGACCUGCAGUGGCUGCAAUAUUGCACGCUACUGUGGGUCCUUCUGCCAGCACAAGGACUGGGAGCGUCACCACCGCCUCUGUGGCCAGAGUCUGCACGGCCACAGUCCCCACAGCCAGAGCCGGCCACUGCUCCCCGGAGGGCGGGGCUCAGCCAGGUCUGCUGACUGCAGUGUGCCCAGCCCAGCCCUGGACAAGACCUCAGCCACCACCUCACGGUCCUCAACACCUGCCUCUGUGACAGCCAUCGAUGCCAAUGGACUCUGAGCCACGGACUCCGCCCGCCCUGAUGACCACUCCACAUGGCAGAAUGCUCGCUCCGGGGAGCUGGCAAUUAGAACAAGUAGCCAUUGAGUCAUCAGCAAGAAAUGGAUUGGCAGGAAGCAUCCAGGAGGCUCUCCACAGCUUCUCUAGGAUUGGCCACGUGUCCGUGGGAGAACUAGUGUGUCAGUCUCUGCACAUAGGAAGUAGCUCGAGCUGCCUCCUCCAUGGCUUUCCUGAUGUUUCUCUUCCAGCUAAAACUGGCAUAGCCGGCCCUUCCUAGUGUAGACCACCAGCUUCCUCUGACUCCUUGCAUCAGCAGAUUGUCUCUAGUGUCCCACCAGGCACCUGUGCCCCAUACCAUCCAUAGUAGAGGCCUGAAGGCCAGCAGCAGGCUAAGGGAGGAGACCUUUCCUCCCCCUGCCUCCAGUUUCUUGAGCCUCAUCUCCACCCUCAAAGACACUGAUUGGUCUAACAGACUCGAGUAGCCAAAAAGCAGUACUCAGGACUCCUUCCUGAGCCACUCAGACAUGCCACAAAGAAGCCACCACUUCAGUAAAGUCUCUAGCAAUGGUAAUAAAUUAAAGCAGUCUUCCCCAAGCAUCAUAGAUCAUUCUGGACAAGAUUUUCCAACCUGGCCAGCUCCAUUAGUUUGGAACCCAUCCUCCAACUCCUGUGUUUCACUUGAUUUUGCUUGUGCAAAAAAUAAUCUCCAUCGCAUGGAUUGGUCUGAAAGAGGAUGAAACCAUUGUGUUAGUCUUUUCUCUGAGCAUGUUGGCCAAACUAAACUAUUGAGUGCAUCACCUCUUGGAAAUGCAAAA